GUCAAAGACAUCCUUCUAGGUAUGCAUAGUAGUUUAUGGCAGUAUAUGACAGCAACCGUGAAGAAUUGUAGUAUGUUGAAUGAUGUACCGAAAUUAUCAAGAACUUCUGAAAGUACGGAGGUGGACGUACGUGAGGAUGAGGAACAAACUACUAAAUUUCAAGAGAUUAUUGACUUACUCGUUGCAGCAGGUUACUUUAGAGCACGGAUAAAAGGUUUAUCCAAUUUUGAUAAGGUUAUCGGUGGAAUGACCUGGUGUAUAAAAUCCUGUAAUUUUGAUGUAGAUGUGGAUCUACUUUUCCAAGAGAAUCUCACCAUUGGUCAAAAAAUUUCCUUGACGGAGAAAAUAGUAGUUAUGCUCCCCAAAAUGAACUGUCCUUACCGAAUAGAACCACAUCAAAUACAAGGUUUAGACUGCAUUCAUAUAUUCCCUGUUAUUCAGUGGUUGGUGAAACGUUCCAUGGAAAUGCGCCAAGAAAUGGCAGGUUUUGUGAGAGGCUUUGCAUUGAAUCAAUUCAAUAAGAAGCAUUCAUUUAGCGAAAACUUUGAGAAUGGAGUGACGACUAACAAAGUUGUCGUUAGAAAUCUACAUUUGGUCAAGAAAGCCUAUGAACCACGACGUUUGUUCAAACAAAAAGAGGGUUUUAUCAAAGACGAAUCAAGCAGAUUUAUUGGAACAGUAUUGGAAUACGAAGCACCUUUUGAUGCUAUUAAAACUACAUCUAUAACAACGAUAUUAAAAUCUAAAAGCAACAAUUCAAAACACGAAUUAAAUAAUGAAAAAAAUGAAAAGAACACUACCGAACAAAUUACUGCUGCUUUAGCUGUUAUAGAAGAUAAUUCGAUGCGUUUAAGUGUGAACACAGUUGGGAAUAUUGUUGAUAUACAAGCACAAGAAAUUGCUAAAGUAACAGAAAAAUAUGCGGCCAUGUCUAUUUCUAAAGCAGAGAAUAGUGGCACUAGUGAUUUGUUACAUGCUUUACAUAAACAAAGAACAUUACAAUCUAGACUUAGUAAGUUAAUAAAGGAAAGAGAUGGCUUAUCGAAUAAAUUCACAGAAGUAAUAGAAAAAAUAAAAGAAUACCGUGGAAAAAGAGAAGCUAUUGAGAAUUCAUUUAAAAAAAUUCAGGAAAUUGGAAUUAAUGAUAAUGACAGUAUUUUUAAACGAUUAGAGGAACUUCUCUUUGUACAUGAUGGAUUGAAAGAACAAGAACACCAUUUUCGAGAACAAUGCAAGUCGGACCUAAAUUUUUUUCGAGGUAUGUUACAAGAAGUUGAAGAUGAUGCUCCAGCGGAGGAAGAAGAUUGUGUUAAAGAAUAUAAAGAACAAAAGGAGGCUGUAGUACGAAUGCGAUUACAACUGGCUAAGAAAAAUAGAAUUAUUGCAUCUUUGAUGAGACAAAUGGAUGAUGUCCCAGGACGUUCUGAACUGACGCAAUAUCAACGACGCUUUAUGGAACUUUAUAAUCAAGUUUCAGCCAAGCAUAAGGAAACUAAACAAUAUUAUACAUUAUAUAAUACUCUGGAUGAUACGAAAUUGUAUAUAAGUAAAGAAUUAUCGUUGUUAAAUUCGAUUCAGGAUAAUUAUAAUGAAGCCAUGGCAUCAUCGAGUGGCAAGGAACAAUUCCUGAAACAAUUUGAGACAAUUGUUGCUGGAGUAAAACGUAACAAAGGAAUGGUGGAGAAACGAUGCACUGAUGAAAAAAAUCGACGGGAUGCCCUUAGUCGACAACUCGUUGUCCUUGUGGAGCAACAACGUAAAUAUGUUGUAGCAGUCAGACAGCUCACUAUUGAAUGUCGCAAGAAUGAAGCUUUGUUGGCUCAACUUCGUGGUCCAUGAGUUUUUUUUUCAAGUAAUCAAGGAACUCAAGGAAAUCAGGUUGACAACUAUUUGCAAAUUCGUAGUAUAAAAUUAUAUAUAUAAUUUAAUUAAAUAUAAAAGGCUAAUUAUUUU